ACACAUUUCGAUUUGGGAUUGGCGCUGUGCUAAAUUGUCAACUACAUCGUAUCCAACGUCGUGAACGGUUACAUUGUUUGUCUCUCAAGCGUAACAUUUUGGAUAGUUUUAAGUUGCGCGUAGGAUUUUGAACAAUUUGCACGGUUAAAAAUUUCUAUCACGCGAGUGAAGGAUUACUAGAUCGUUACAUAUAAACUUAAAAUUUUUAAUUACCUAGCUAGUUUGUUACAUUGACUGUGUCUGAUUUGAGUUUUGAUUGAAAAUGGCUCAGGAUUUGAGCAAGGACCAGUUAGCACUGCUGAAACAAGCCUUUCAAGCGUUCGAUCAACAGCAGAGAGGAUGCAUUCCUUGCGAAACAGUUGGAACAAUCCUGGACAUGAUGGGCCAUCCACAGGAUGACGCUGCGUUGAAGGAAAUCAUUGAAGAAGUUGAUGCCGACGGAUCCGGAGAGCUUGAAUUCGAUGAGUUCUGUGAUUUGGCGGCCAGAUUCAUCGGAGACGAGGAAGAGGCGGAGGACGCCGGUGCAAUGCAGGAAGACUUAAGAGAAGCCUUCAGGCUAUACGACUAUGAAGGUAAUGGAUAUAUCACAACAGACGUGCUCAGAGAAAUUCUAAGUGAAUUGGAUGAGAGGAUGAGUGAAGAGGAACUGGAUGAAAUGAUUGCCGACAUUGACUCAGAUGGAUCAGGCACCGUUGAUUUUGAAGAAUUUUGUGCUGCUCUCCGGUAGAUGUGCUGGACAAGGAUGACACACUUCACAGACAGACACAUAACAGAGCUUUCCAUUAUUAUGUAAGCUCAUCACGCACACCAAAUCAAUUUACAUCACUAAACCAAUGUUAAAUGGAAUUCCACGGAAACACAGUUUUUCCAACACUGGAAAAAUACAUGCACAUUGAAAACUGUGAAUAAUUUCCUUAUUAUGUUUAAUUAUCAAUUAAUAUAUUCAUCAGGAUAAAUUUCAUGAGUCGGAUGUUUUCCAGACAAACCUCUUAAACUGUUAAAACAUCGGGUUUUCAACCCAUCAAUGUGUUCUCUUACUCGAUCUCUAAACAGAAAAUUAUGAAUAAACAAAAAAAAAAAAAAAAUCAAAAUAUUCAGAAAACAAUUGAGUGUUAAAAAUGGAAUUUUGCUUUACGCACCUAUUAAAUCACAAGAAUAAUGCCCCAAGUCAAGUGACGUUGAGAGUUUUGAUAGAGAGCCAAGAGUGCAUUUCAUUCCGGUAAAAUUCAUUCUGGGAGGAAAUUAGGGCGAAUGCUAAAACAACUUAUGACAUAUGUUCCCCACCCACAACAUAUAUUUUGUCUCACCUAUACAUGCAAUAAACAAAAACACUCCAAACAAAGCCCGUGUAUAUGUGCGCAAUGAAAUUUUAUUAUACUGAAAUAUAUUUCUUUUUUCAAAUUUU